GCAGGCAGAGAAGAAGGCCACUUCGGAUCGCUUGGAAUCAUCGAGAAAGAUCGAAAACGAAGCAGAUCAGCAAGUCGAGGCUCUCACCGAAACGAAGAAGAACGUCUUAAGAAUGUGAAGAAAGAGUCGGAGCAAAGUGAAGAUGUGACAAAUGGAGAGUGUAAUAUUGAAUUUUACUUCACCGUUUUAUUGCUAUAUAAUGAUGAGACCUACAAUUCAUGCAUGCGGGAUUACUUGAGAAAACUGGAGCGGUGGGAAAAUAGUCCUAAGAAAGUUGCUCGUGAUUUGAAAAAUCGUGAAAUAUUCGAGAGGGCCUUCCCUGAAAUGAAAAGAACUCGCGAAGAAAAAGAACGGUCUUGCCGGACCGAUCGAAUAAGCUUACGGGGUCAAGAUACCUUAGAUGAACAGCCCGCACCAAGUGAAAAGGGCCAGGUCGAUGAAGAAUAUAAAAUGAGGAAUGCUGCAGCCAUCCCACCUCUGAUUAUACAUGAGUCCUCAAUUAGACCUAGAUUUUUUGAUAACGAGCAUGCGAUUAUUAAGAAUGCGGCAGAAGAAAAUAGAAAUUGGAUUGAAACAUUUCUAUCUUCUUGGUCGGACGAUGAAAAGAAGUUGUUUCGAGAAAGGUUAUCCGCCGUUGGUAAAAACUAUGCCAACAUUGCCAUGUUCCUGGAAAACAAAACUGUGAAAGAUUGCGUAUUGUACUACUAUUUGUGUAAGAAGAGGGAAAACUUCAAAGCUGUCAUUCCGAAGAGAAAAAGAAAGCUUGCAAAAACGUAUAAGCCGCCUGUUAUGCCAUCUGCAGAGGAAUUAGCGAUGUAUCAACUGGUUCCACAGGAUGCUCUUACUGAAACUCAGUCUAACGCUUCUCAAGACAGCAAAUGUGUCAUGUGUCAACUGAGGAUAGAUCCAACUACGAACCCUGGCAGGGUACUGACAAGAUCAAACUACGAGAUGUACGAUAUUGAUAAGAGUCGUUCAAGAAACAUGGUCCAAGAAGUUGCAAAAGAGCAAGGCGUAGGCGGAAAAACGUUUCCGCAGGUUGAGUUGAAACUGAACAAAGGCUUAUAA